UUCUCGGGGUGCCUGGACAAACAUGGAGGCUGAUGCAAGGGAAUCUGGAAGGAGGCCCUCUCCAGAUCCUCCUCUCUGCUGGAGCCUGGUGCCUUUCUUUGGGUCCUGCGGCCUCUACCUCUUCCUCUGGCUGCCCGCAGAAGAGCCCAGCUGGAACAGCGCCCUGGCCAAAUGCCUCCCCAUCCUCUAUCUGGCUCUCUUCGUCUACAACACUGCCCCAUCGGGGCCCUAUGGCCGAUUCGUCUGGCUAGGUCUCCUCUGCUCCGCCCUAGGGGACAUUGUCCUCAUUUGGCCCAACCAGUUCCUCUUUGGCAUGACGGCCUUUGCCCUGGCUUAUCUCCUCUAUUUCAAGGCCCUAGGCUGGCAACCGACCCACAAGGCCCUCCUGGAAUCUGUGGCAGCCGUCAUCGUCCUCUACUUCGGGUUCCUGCAACCUCACCUCCCUUCCCGCCUGAGUUUCCCUAUGCUUGUCUAUGCGGUUAUCCUGGGUCUGAUGCUGUGGCGGGCGCUGGCCCGAGGAGGAUCUGCGGCACUUGGCGGCCUGUUCUUCAGCAUCUCAGACGCCGUCCUGGCGUGGGACACCUUCAUCUGGUCCCUGCCUUCAGGCCGAAUGAUCAUCAUGGUCACCUACUACGCUGCCCAAGCCCUGCUGGCUCUAUCAACAGUGGAGGAAGGGAAUGACCCACUGGCCUAGUCUUAGCAGACCAGUGACUUGGAAUUCAGCACUUGGCCUCUUCAGUACUCCUUCUGCCAGCUCAUCACCACCUGGAGCUGCUGCCCAACCCUCUCCCCCGGUGCUUGUCUCCCAGUUAAACUGAAGACCUCCUAAGGCAGAUCUUUUUCCCACCCUAAAAUCCCCCACCCCUCCCAAGUUAUUCACAAUCUCUUCCUUUCCCUUACCUCCAACUGUGCCCACCCCCCACCCCCCCCAGUCCCAUCCUCAUGCUUUUCUUCUUAUUCAUAAUCCCUUGGGUUCCAAUACUACCCCUCCCCCAUUGCACAGGAGGGGAAAUUUUUUUCUCCCCAAUACCCACAAUUCCCUCCCCCCACAAUUCUGAUUCUUUUCUCUAUUACCCACCAUCCUCCUGAUUUGAAUGCUUCUUCUCCUCUCUCCAAGGCCCAUUAAAUCUCUAGAUGUUCCUCCAUGAUCCAAACCACCAGCACCUUCCCUUGACCCUUAGUACAGUUGAUAUUGAAAGCAUGAAAAAAAAUUUAAAUAUAAU